UGCAUAUUUACUAAAGUUUCAUUCUGGCAAAAGAAAAAUCUUCAGCAUUUGUCUUUUCUCCCUUAGCUGCAAAUUGCCCUGAUUAUCACAACGCGCAAUGGAAACGAAAACAGCUACCGGUUCAAGAUAUUCUCUUUCGGGGAUGACAGCUCUAGUGACCGGUGGAACUCGCGGAAUUGGCCGUGCAAUCGUAGAGGAAUUUGCUCAACUUGGCGCGACGGUACACACGAUAUCUAGAAACGAGGCAGAGCUGAAUCAAGUCUUGGAAGAAUGGAAAUCAAAGGGAUUCAAAGUGAGUGGUUCAGUUUGCGAUGCAACUUCCCGAGAGCAAAGAACUCAACUCAUGGAAGAGGUAUCGUCCAAUUUCGCUUCCAAGCUGGACAUCCUAGUAAACAAUGUCGGAACAAACGUUUUCAAGCCAUUUUCUGAUUGUACAGCUGAAGAAUAUUCUCAACUCAUGUCCACGAAUCUUGAAUCUUGUUUCCAUUUCUGCCAACUCGCUUAUCCUUUCCUGAAAGCAUCUCGGAUUGGCGGAAACAUCGUGUUUGUAUCCUCGGUCGCAGGGCUUGUGAGGGUUGACUACAUGGCGAUUUAUUCAGCCACAAAGGGUGCAAUAAAUCAACUCACAAAGAACUUGGCUUGUGAAUGGGCUAAAGACAACAUUCGGGUUAAUUGCGUUGCGCCUUGGGUUACGCGAACCUCGCUAGUCGAAGGUUUGCUUAACGACGCUAAUAGGAUGAAGAAAAUCGAAGCAGCAACGCCGUUAGGACGUGUUGCAGAUCCAGAAGAGGUUUCGUCAUUGGUAGCAUUUCUCUGUUUGCCGGCUGCUUCAUAUAUCACUGGCCAAGUUGUCGCAGUUGAUGGAGGGUUGACUGUGAACGGGUGCGUAUGGAGUUGAUUCCCAGGUUUAAGGUAUCUUAGUACAACUUUG